AUGGAUAUCCCAGUGUUGUGGCUCUACCUGCUUUUGGUCUCAGUCCUGCUGAUCUUCUUGGUGCCCACUGCCGAGUCCACACUGCUCCUGUGGGCCUGUUUAUACCGGCUGCAGAUAUGUCCCUUCAGGACCACCACCACUUAAUGAUCGGGAUGUAAAUUAUUGAAAAUCAACGUUUCCAUUGAGCCA